GUGUACGUUACCGUUGUGCAUGUUUUAAACGCGAUCGUGUAGUGCGUUGUUUUUUAUGCUUAUCAGUGAUUACAAUAAUCAGAAGGUCUCUGUCGUCGUCCCCGAUACAUGUGAAGGAUUUCAUCAUGUACAAAGGCAUAAAUGUCAAAAACUUGAAAGUAAAUAAUUAGGAAAAGUAUGCAUUUAAACAGCGAUUCCAUGGAGUCCCCUGAUGAAAAUCAUGAGAUGUUGGAGAUUGAAAAUCAUGGAAUUGCGGGUCGCCUAGCGGACCUUGAGAGAAAAGUAAUCGAACAAGGUGAUGAGCUGGUAUGUCUUAAGGCCACCCUGGCAGAAGCUCUACGUCGUCUUAGUCAGUUAGAGGGCGGACAAAGGGGAUCUUUAACACCAGUUAGAGUUAAUGGUACUAUUUCGAAACCUCAACAAAUAUCCCGGCAACGUUCGAUAAGUUACAAUGUUACUUCGAAAGAUUCUCCUAGAAGACAGAUUGGAAAUUCCAAUGGAAUGAAUUCACCUUCGGGACUUCCUCAGCGUCGUGCAGUUCAUUAUCAGUCGACGGGUAGUUUACACAGCGAUAGUCACAGUAGCAACAGUGUCAGUCCCGUGCCGUCCCCUUCACCACGAAGUACGCCACUCCCUCUCAACGGCCCAGGAAAUGGUAGACGGACACCAUCUGGUACCUCCAAUCUCCUGCAUCCUAGUCCUCUUCACAAGAGAUGGAGCUCAACAGGAGACUUUGGUGCCGCCCAGGGAAAUGGCAUGCAAUCGAAGUUUUCCACAAAAUCAUACAUGAACUUGUCCAUAAAAUCAAACGGCUUUCUCUUACCUAGUCAAAAGCAUGGGACAAAAGAUACAACGUUCAAUGAAGAAGAUGGAUCUCUAAAAGUCUAUCUUCGUGGACGCCCCAUCGUUUUACAUGCUCCUACUGAGUAUGCCGACAGCUACGACCUGAUGAAAGUGGCUGCACCACCAUCACAACGUCUAAAACUCGACUGGGUCUAUGGAUAUAGAGGCAGGGAUUGUCGCUCUAAUUUGUAUUUUCUGCCCACCGGCGAAAUGGUAUAUUUUGUAGCCGCGGUUGUUGUACUGUACAACGUUGAGGAACAGAAUCAGCGCCAUUACCUUGGGCAUACUGAUGAUAUCAAGAGUUUAGCAAUACACCCAAAUAAAUUGGUUAUAGCCACUGGACAAUGCGGAGGUGUGGAUAGAAACGAUUCUAGGCCGCAUAUUAGAAUAUGGAAUAGUGUCUCAUUAGCAACACAGGCUAUUAUUGGUUUCAAUGAUUUUGAAACUGGAAUAUGUUGCCUUUCUUUCAGUAAAGCUGAUGGCGGUAAUCUCUUAGUUGCAAUCGAUGAAUCUGCUGAACAUUCCAUUUCGGUUUGGGAUUGGCAAAAAGGGGACAAUGGUUAUAAAAUUACAGAGACUAAGGGUUCUGUGGAUACUAUUGUGUCAGCUGAGUUUCAUCCUUUAGAUCGUAAUACGAUCGUUACAUGUGGUAAAUCUCACAUCUCAUUUUGGUCGUUGGAUGCUUCUGGCGCGUUAUACAAACGGGCUGGAGUUUUUGAGACACGUGAUAAGCCCAAAUACGUAACAGCAGUAGCCUUUUUGCAAACGGGCGAGACGAUUACCGGAGAUUCUAAUGGUAAUCUGGCAGUGUGGGGUCGCGGAACCAAUACCAUUUGGAAGUUCAAAAAGGGCGCACAUGAUGGUGGUGUGUUUUCUAUAUGUGUUACAAAGGAUGGUAGUGUGAUUACUGGUGGAGGAAAAGAUGGAAGGGUGUUUAUGUUCGACUCCGGAUUAAAUCAGACUGAAGAAUGGAGUCAGAUUGAAUUGCAUUACGGUGGAGUACGAGUGAUAUCAGAGGGCCAGGGUAACCAAUUAUUGGUAGGCACUACUCGUAAUUGCAUUUUAGUCGGCUCCUGUUCUCUCGGAUUUCAACCAAUAAUCUUGGGUCACGCCGACGAACUCUGGGGAUUAGCCGCACAUCCUGGAAUCCAACAAUUCGCAACGGCAGGUUAUGAUAAAGUUCUGCAGUUGUGGGAUUCUCCAUCUCAUAGUAUUCUAUGGAGUAAAGAUAUUGGUGAACAAGCUCAGUGUGCUACAUUUACUGUGGAUGGAAUGUUUGUUCUGGUUGGUUGUAAGAGUGGUAAAUGGCUCAUUUAUGACACACAAACGCGGGAUUUAGUGGGAAGUCAUGUAGAUGGAAAUGAAACUAUAGAAACUAUGCGAUUUUCACCUGAUGGUACCAUGUUAGCUCUUGGUUCAAGAGAUAAUAAUAUUUAUAUUUAUCAAGUGUCUGAGGAUGGGACCAAGUAUAGCAAAGUUGGUCGAUGCUCGGGACACUCUAGUUUUAUAACUCAUCUGGAUUGGGCCAACGAUGGACAAACCCUAAGAAGUAAUUCAGGAGAUUACGAACUAUUAUAUUGGAAUGCAGGAACAUGUCGCCAAAUACCCCAAAGUGGUAUGAUGAAAGAUGUUGAAUGGGCAACAAAUAAUUGCACUUUGACUUUUACUACUGUGGGCAUUUGGCCGGAAAAUGCUGAUGGGUCUGAUAUAAAUAAUUGCGACAGGAGUAACAAUCAAUUAUUAAUGGUGACUGGAGAUGACUUUGGAAAAGUUAAAUUGUUUAGUUAUCCAGUUAUUCAACCCAAGUCAUUAUGUCACAUUUAUGGAGGCCACAGCAGUCACGUUACAUCUGUGAAGUUCCUUUACGACGACACAAGGUUAAUUUCUAUUGGAGGGAAAGACACUGCUGUACUUCAAUGGGCUAUCUCAUAAAAUGAUAAUUUUAGUUCAAUUUGCCUUUGAUUAAUUUAUGCACAUGUUUUAAGAAUCCUAAGGAUUACUAAAAAUCAUAAUGUUAUGAAACGUCUCAUUGUUAAUAGUCACCAUCUAAUUAAAUAUUAAUUGUUUUACAUAAUGAUAAAACUACUUGAGGCCUAUUUAAUUCACAAUAUUGAAUAAACAUUUUUAUAUUACGAAAUUUGACUUAAAUAUGACUAAACUAAAAUAUUAAAAAGUGCCACCUUCAUAUAUUUAUAUGUAUGAGUAUCAUAUAAUAUUUUCUUAUUUGUGAUAAAUAUAUGUUAUACAUAAAUAUA